AUGGAUCCAUGCUCUUUCGUACGGAUCCUCAUUGGAAACCUUGCUAUCAAAUCGACAUCAUUAUCAUCAUCAAACCCAUGUUUCUCAGGCAAAGUUCACCCUUUAAAUACUCCUUACUAUUACUGCCAAAUCAAACUCAAAGGAGCUGAUUCUCCUCCAUGCCACGUUGUAACAGUUCCUCUAAUAUCAAACUUAAUAGAUACACACCCACCUCACUCUCUCGCUGUUACAUUCGAUUACCCCAAAUCACAUAUCUUAAACCUAAACAACACUUUCAUUAAAAUCUCAGUUUAUAAAGCUCCCACAAACCCUACAUGCAUGCUUAGGUUUAACUCAACCAAGUUAUUGGGCAAGAUUUCAGUACCACUCGAUCUUACUUUUGUAGAAUCACGAUCAUGUUUUUUCCACGACGGUUGGGUCGCUCUCACGGGUAACAAAAACAAUCAAACCCAUGGAUUAUUUCAUUUAACAGUCCAAGCCGAACCGGACCGAAGAUUCCUUUUCCGGUUCGACGGUGAACCCGAGUGCAGUCCGCAUGUUUGGCAAGUCAGAGGAGAAGUCAAACAACCGGUUUUUACUUGCAAGUUCAGUUUCAGGGACAAAAACCCGGCUCACUCCCCUUUUUCCAAUUAUUUAGUUUCUGGCCGAAAAGGAUGGUCUAUCACCAUUCAUGAUUUGUCAGGUUCACCAGUUGCGUGUGCUACGAUCAUUACACCGUUCGUUGCCUCACCUGGAUCGAACCGGGUAAAGAAAGCGAACCCUGGAGCUUGGCUGAUUCUCGGACCAGGUGGAGAUGGUACCUGGAAGCCUUGGGGACGGCUUGAAGCUUGGCGUGAACCUGGUAACUCAAAGACUGUUGGUUACCGUUUCUACGCUGCUCGGGCCAUUGACAAUCCUGUUACACUCGCGGAAGGCACUAUAAGUUCACAAUACGGAGGUAAAUUCAUUAUUGAUAAAUCCGGUGUUACUCGGGUGAACACUCUGGAAGGAAAUUUGGAAAACAAGUCUUGGUGUAAGGGUUUUGUAAUGUCGGCGAGGUUUGAUGACGAAAACAAGUGUAGUAAGCCGGAGGUGGAGGUUGGGGUGAGACACGUGACAUGUGCGGAGGAUGCUGCGGCUUUUGUUGCUCUUGCCGCUGCCAUGGAUUUGAGCAUAGAGGCGUGCAAAUUGUUCUCUCAGAAACUACGAAAGGAAUUGCGGCAGUAG